AUGUCCUCUUCCCUCGAUCCCGCCAAGGUCGCAUUCAUUGAAUCCGCCAUCAAGCACGGUGUUCUCCUCUUCGGCGACUUUACCCUCAAGUCUGGCCGCAAAUCACCAUACUUUUUCAAUGCCGGCUUGCUCUACUCCUCGUCGCUUCUGACAGCUACGGCCAAUGCCUAUGCCAAGAUCCUGGCCGACUCGCGAAUCCCUGAUUUCGACGUCCUGUUCGGCCCGGCUUAUAAGGGUAUCUCUUUAGCUGCUGUCAGCUCUGUGGCCUUGUACCAGCAGACUGGAAAGGAUAUUGGCUACUGCUAUAACCGAAAGGAGAAGAAGGACCACGGAGAAGGCGGUACCAUGGUCGGCGCGCCGCUCAAGGGCCGAAUCGUCAUCAUCGACGACGUCCUCACCUCUGGCAAGGCCAUCCGCGAAGCCAUCGCCAUCCUCCAAGCCUCCCCCGACGCCAAACUCGUCGGUAUCGUCCAGCUCGUCGACAGGCAAGAGAAGGGCCAAGGCGGUAGCGGGAAGAGCACGGUGCAGGAGGUGGAGGAGGAGUUUGGGGUACCGGUGGAGCCGAUCAUUGGGCUGGAUGAUAUUAUUGCGUACUUGGAAAGCUCGGGCAAGUGGGAGAAGGAACUGAAGGAUGUGACGAGGUAUAGGGAGGAGUAUGGUGUCAAGAGGGCGUAG